UCAAUCUAUGGUUAAAAACUCUAUAUAUGGCAAUCUUUCCAAAUAGCUCUAUACCCUGUAGUGUUUGCUCUCUAAUCUCCAUUAAUCUCCAAAACCCUCUCCAUGAAUAUGGCAAUCAACCAGCUCACAAUAGCCAUCUGCUCUCUCCUGCUGCUCCCUUUGGCCUUCCCUUCAAUAUCUGCAUAUGAAAGUGCUCCAACCAAACCAGGAGAGAAGAUAGUUGAUGUAGUUGUUGAAGGUAUGGUCUACUGCCAGAGCUGUGACCACUAUGGUUCAUGGUCUUUGAAUGGGGCUGAACCAAUACCUUCAGCAAAAGUUAGUGUCAUUUGUAAAAACCACAUGAAACAAGUGAGUUACUACAAGGCAUAUGAAACUAAUGAACAUGGCUACUUCUAUGCACAACUUAAUGGCUUCAAGAUGGAUAACAACAUUUUGGACCAUCCUCUUCAAUCUUGCCAUGUGAAGCUUGUUUCAUCUCCUCUUGCAAAUUGCAGUCUCCUCUCCAAUGUUAACUAUGGAAUCAAUGGUGCUCCUCUUCGCUAUGAAAACAAGAUACUGCGAGGAAGUCAUUAUGAGGCUGUUAUCUACGCUGCAGGUCCCUUGGCUUUCCGUCCUGCUUAUUGCUCUCCUGAAACUCAUGUCUAAUAUGAUCACAAUUCAUGUGUUUAACCCUUCUUUCAUCUUCAUUUGGUUUCUUUUUCUUCUCUUUUAUGGGUCUUAAGUUUGUUUUGUUUCUUGAAUAAGUUGAAAUUUGUUGCAUUGGAAUGUUAUAUUUUAAA